AAAAUUUUCAGUCCAGCAGAAGCAUCCAUGCUAAGCGCACCGAAUGCGAUUCGUCGUUUUUCCUUUCCUUUGUUCGAAUUAUUGCUUGUUAUUUUUUUCAACGUUUUACUUACCACUAUAAUAAAUUGGAAAUGAGUGUUAGUCGCAUUCCUGUCGCCACUUGGCGAAAGCGCCACACCCCGCAAGACCAACACCUUGGAUCCAUGAAUAGUCUCGAGACCAGUUCACAAAUGGGUUCAUCUCCACCCAUUUCCUCAUCCUCCUCCUCAGCCUACACCUCCUGUGACGAUCUCUCGCCAAGGAUAGAAACGAUUGGGUUUUCAACUUUGAUGGUUGCGUACGACACCACGGCAAACUUCCCAAGCUGCAAGUCCCAAAAGUUUAAGGCUCACAUAAACUGGAUGAAACCUUUGCCAGAGUCCGGUCGAAUGAUGAGAUGCACAUCUCCAACCUUUAUCAAUAUCGAAAGCAAGAUUCAUGAAACAUCCCGAAUUUUGAACAAUGUUCACCGCUAUUUCAUGCAACAAAUAUGUCUGAGAGAGACUCAAAAUAUUAAUAUUGCCAACAAUAGCGAAUCGAUUUAUUAUUCCUCCCUACUUCACAAUGAACUAAAGAAGGAAGAGCGCUACCAACUGUCACCUUCAACUAAAAAUAAGAAUCCCAUCAACUCGGUGAUGAGGGGGAAAGUAGUUGAUUGGAUUUCUGGGGCCUCUUCCAAUUUCAAAUACUCAACCGACACCGUGUACAUUGCAGUACACUUAAUGGAUGCCUUUCUGCAUGGACAAGCUAUCAAAACUACGUGUUGGUCCCUCCUAGGACUCACGGUGUUCCAUUUGGCUGGGAAAAUGGAGGAAAAGAAUCGCGCACGGCUGUCGUCAAUUUGGAAAAAAUACAAGAGCCUUACUAAAUAUCCCAAGUCUGAAGUUUUGUGGAUGGAGCUAAACAUUUUAGUAAAGCUAAAGUUUCAUGUUAACACCACAACACCAAAAUUAUUCGUAGAUCUCGCAUUUAACAGUGGUUGCAUUUCAUUUCCCUGUGCUGAAAGUGAAAGAAUAAUCAAGGAAAUGAGCUAUGCAAUUAUUCUGAGCAGUUUACAAUGUUAUGAGUUGAGUUUCGUCAAGAGCUCGUACAAAGCAGAGCUUGCCAUUCAGAUAGCAACAGAAUACGUGAUGUUUUAUCGUGCCAUAUUUCUCAAACAAAAGAAAGCCCAGCACACUGAGGACCUGGAAAUAAUGAGAAAUUCAGUCAAAAUCUGUUACUCUCUGUUUCGCACAAUUCUUUUACAACCGCCAUCGCCAAUGGACAAUUAUUCUUUGUCUGAAGUUCAUAAAUUGAAGGAAUUUCGAGGAGUUUAACCAUUACGUUAUGUUACUCGUUCGUUUUUGGAAGUCAUUUCGCAAGCCCGAAACCAGUGAAAUUAAUACCGAUAUACAAUUUCUCUCGUUAUAAUUAUUACGAUGCUUAUGUAUAAAUGUGAAUUACAUUCUGUGACACAGUUGACAUUACGUUAUAAAAAGUCAUUAUUCCAAUGAUGUUAAUACUCGGUUGUAAAAUCAAUUAUCUUAUACAGUUUUAAUAUCUUGUAAGUUUGUACAGUAAAAUGACUUUAUAAUACUCAUUUUACAAAAUAUACAACAAAAUCAAUAAACUAGUCCGGCAUUCGCAAACCCAA